AUGUCAUCACCGCUUGAUGAACAGGCGAUGAACCAGCUACAGUCUGAACAGUCAGAGCUGCUGGAAAAGAUUGACGAGCUGCGCGCUAUUGGGGUUGGAGGCCUCGUGGAGCUACCUCAAAUCAUCGUCUGUGGUAAUCAGUCUAGUGGAAAAAGCUCCGUACUGGAGGCAAUAUCCAGAGUGCGCUUUCCAUCUAAGAGCAAUAUCUGCACUCGGUUUGCGACUGAAAUCGUCAUUCGCCGAAGCCCCCACGACAGAAUCAAAGUGUCCAUUGAGCCCGGAGAUUCCAGGAAGGAUGAGCAGGAACAGCAGAAGCUCCGCGCGUUCACCUCCGAGAAAUUUUCCUCCAGUGAAGACCUUCCCACGCUGAUCGAAAACGCGAAGGAAUGCAUGGGACUUUCCAGCACCGAUCCUUCGAGCACAGGAUUUAGCGACGACGUUCUUAAAGUCGAGAUCUCGGGCCCUGAAAAGCCAAACCUGACUCUGGUCGACCUUCCGGGGCUCUACUACUCCAGCAGCAGCGACCAAAACGAGCAGGGAAUGGAGAUAGUUCAAAGGCUGACGGAAAAAUACAUGAAAAGCUCUCGAAGCAUCAUUCUGGCUGUCAUCAGUGCAAGGGCCGAUUACCAUAUCCAGAAGGUCUUGAACAUCGCGCAGUCUUUUGAUCCCAAAUAUGAGAGGGUCCUGGGUAUCGUCACGCAGCCCGAUAUCCCCGAAGUGGGCUCAGAUGAAGAAGACACUUAUUUACAGUUCAUCAGGAACGAAAAUGUCAAGCUGCAACUGGGAUGGCAUGUAUUGCGCAACCGCUCGUUUGAGACGCGCGGCAUUUCCGAUGAUGCGCGAGAUAUUCAAGAAAAGGAGUUCUUUGAAAAGGGACGAUGGGCUUCCCUCCCUGGAGACCAAGUUGGGAUUGAAAGUCUGAGGAAUCGUCUGAGCAAGAUUCUACUUGGUCAUGUCCGUCGCAAUCUUCCUGGUCUUAUUGCGGACAUACAAGAAAGGAUUUCUCGUAACGAGCAGACACUGGCAAAAAUGGGCGCGCCGCGCACAAGUCUUCAGGAGCAACGUCGUUUUCUUGUGGAUAUUAGCAGCAGAUUUGCGCGGAUCACAAACCAGGCCUUGAAUGGAUCCUACGUCGAUGAGUUUUUUGGUGGAUUCAAAGACCAUACGGCGACCACAGAAGACUUUCCUUUCCGCCGACUGCGGGCCAUCAUUCGUGAGCUUAAUGAGUACUUUUCUGAAGCGAUGAGCAUUCGUGGGAAACGGCGAAUCAUUCAAUUCCCUGGGCAGCCAGCUCUUGUUCAGGACGUCGAGCAAGAGAGAUCCAAGCCUUACAUGGAUGAUUGGACACCGCAGUACAUCUCCCAGGAGUCUCUUGUGGCCGAGAUCAAAGAACAGGCCCGGCACAGUCGAGGAAUAGAGCUACCAGGCAGUGCAAACCAGUUGCUUGUAGGGACUUUGUUCCGGGAUCAGUGCGAGCCCUGGGAAACAGUUGCUAAAUCUCACCUGUUGAACACCUGGCACUCGGUCGAGUACUUUAUCCAGCUGGUACUGAAGAGUCUCACGGACGAUCACACACGCCCCUUGCUCAUGCGACACCUCAUUGGACCGGAAAUGGAGAAGAUGAAGGAGUCUUUGUUAGCAAAGCUCAGCGAAUUGACUUCGUACUUCAAAAGGGGCCAUCCGCUUCCCGUGGGAACAUCAUUCCUCUCCAAGAUCGAAGAGCCCAGAAAGAACCGCCAGGUUUCUGCGUUAAAAAGGAACCUCCAUUUGUCUGGAUCUUACCCCUCAACGGGGGAGGAUACUCGAAACAUUUUUGAUGUUCGAGAUCUGGAGCAAGCAACAUCUCAGCUACAGUCAUCCAGCGAUCAGUUUGCAGCGGCCGAGAUUAUUGAUCAGAUGCAGGCCUACUACGAGACUGCGAUCGUGACGUUUGUCGAUAAUGUUGCCAUCUUGGCUAUCGAAAAUUGCCUUCUUUACCCUCUGGAGCAUAUAUUCACUGGCAAGACUGUACUUGACAUGGAUGAUCAGCAGAUUCAAGAAAUUGCAGCAGAGCCAUCGAACAUUCAGAAGGAUCGGGAACGUCUAAAUGAAGAGCUCGAGAAGCUCCGAAAGGGAAGACAGACUCUCAAUGCCUUCAGUAUAGCGGACUCUUCGCUGCGUGCUCGUCCUAUCUUGGCGGGACUGUCACCCCCCAUAACCAAGACUCCAAGCCGUAUAGGCACGGCCCAGACAGCUCAGGGGGCGCCCAAUAUUCCUCGCCCUGGUCUGUUCCCACAAGUUUCAACUGCUGCCCCUGGUAGGUAG